GGAUUAGUUGUGUCUGAAACCGCUGAAGAGGACCUUUUCCACGCGCUCACCACACUCAUCUUCAUCUUCAGACGAUCGAUCGAUUGAGAUUUCUGCGACUUUCUUCGUCAAUCCGCGAUAACACAUUUUCUGUUUUUCCGAGAAAAUCAUACCCAGUUUGAGAAAAUGCACGACUUCUGCUUCACGAUCCCGUACGGGUUGCUUCUUGUUUGCGGAGGCGUUUUUGGGUACUUGAGGAGAGGGAGCACCGUAUCUCUUGCCGGAGGCGUCGGCACUGGAUUUUUGCUCAUCCUCGCUGGUUAUCUCAGUCUCAAGGCCUUCGAGAAGAAGAAGAACUCGUCUCUCGCUCAGAUUCUCGAGACAGUUUGUGCCGCUGCUCUCACUCUUGUCAUGGGACAACGUUACUUGCAAACUCAAAAGAUUAUGCCUGCUGGUAUGGUUGCUGGAAUCAGUGCUCUCAUGACCGGUUUUUACGUGUACAAAGUUGCUACUGGCGGCAAUCAUAUUCCAUCAAAAGAUAAUUGAUGGUUCUUGAAUCGGGUUUCCGUUUAUGCAUACGAUACUCUCUGUUGGUGGGUUGCUUAUGUGAUACCUUCUCAAUUCGUCGAUCAGAAAGCUGUACUGUUUAGACAAAACACUGUUGCGGUUAUGCUUUGAAAGGUUGGAUUAUCAUUUUUCCUUGGUUGAAAAUAUUGCAUGAUUUUGUAUU